AUGAGACACCAGCAGAGCCUCACCAUGAGACAAAAGCACGGUUUCACCAUGAGACACCAGCAGAGCCUCACCAUGAGACACCAGCACAGCCGCACCAUGAGACACCAGCACGGUUUCACCAUGAGACACCAGCAGAGCCUCACCAUGAGACACCAGCACAGCCUCACUAUGACACACCAGCAUGGAUUCGCCAUGAGACACCAGCAGAGCCUCACCAUGAGACACCAGCACAGCCUCACCAUGAGACACCAGCACAGCCUCACCAUGAGACACCAGCACAGCCUCACCAUGAGACACCAGCACAGCCUCGCCAGGAGAUACCAGCACAGCCACACCAUGAGACACCAGCAGAGCCUCACCAUGAGACACCAGCAGAGCCUCACCAUGAGACAAAAGCACGGAUUCACCAUGAGACACCAGCACAGCCUCACCAUGAGACACAAGCACAGCCUCACCAUGAGACACCAGCACAGCCUCACCAUGAGACACCAGCACAGCCUCACCAUGAGACACCAGCACAGCCUCACCAUGAGACACCAGCACAGCCGCACCAUGAGACACCAGCACAGCCUCACCAUGAGACACCAGCAGAGCCUCACCAUGAGACAAAAGCACGGUUUCACCAUGAGACACCAGCACAGCCUCACCAUGAGACACCAGCACAGCCUCACCAUGAGACACCAGCAGAGCCUCACCAUGAGACAAAAGCACGGUUUCACCAUGAGACACCAGCACAGCCUCACCAUGAGACACCAGCACAGCCUCACCAUGAGACACCAGCACGGAUUCACCAUGAGACACCAGCAGAGCCUCAUCAUGAGACAAAAGCAACGGUUUCACCAUGAGACACCAGCACAGCCUCACCAUGAGACACCAGCACAGCCUCACCAUGAGACACCAGCACGGAUUCACCAUGAGACACCAGCAGAGCCUCAUCAUGAGACACAAGAUGUCCCUCUCCUCUUCCCCUGCGCUAACCUUCCCCCCAGAACUCAAACCAACAGUUUUAUCAAGACGUCUGAUGAUGUCACUUGUGGGACUGGUCUGGCCCCUGGUCCUGGUCUGGACCCGGUCUUCCAUCUCCACCUGAGCAAACAAUGCCCCCCACCACUGGGCGCCUGA